CGUUUUAUUUACGGUGCAACACGCCUACUCAUCUUAACUGUUUAUAUAUAAGUACCACCUGCCGGGUACAGAGGAUUCAUAGUAAAUCUCCACUGAAAGGACAAGUGAGAUGAGGACUCUUGCAGUGAUUAUGGCCUUGAUGGUUGUCGGGGCUACGUGCCAAAUGUAUAGAGGUAGAUACACAAACAGAAGAUUCGAUGUUCGAGGACUCAACUAUGGUCCUGGCCCAGGCCAUGGUCCUGGUGCUGGUCCUGGUCCUGUAUAUGUUAGCCCUGGUUUUGGUGUUGACCACGUCGACCUGGAAGUGAGCCACGUCCGACACGGUGACCAUAUCGACACCAUCACAAGAAAGGUUCCCCAUGUGUAUACAGGCAAUGGAAUUAAUGGUGGAAUUGGACAUGGCCAUGGUAACCAUGGACCUAGAAUUGCUCCUGGUUUUGGCGGACCUGGGUUUGGUAACCCAGGGCCUGGAAUAGCUCCUGGUUUUGGCGGACAUGGCUUUGGUAACCACGGGCCCGGAAUAGCUACUGGAUUUGGCGGACCUGGAUUUGGUACUCGUGGACCUGGGAUUACUUCUGGUUUUGGUGGACAUGGGAUAGACAGACAUGGACCUAGAAUUUCUCCUGGAUUUGGCGGACAUGGGCAUGGUGAUCAUGGACCUAGAAUUAAUCCUGGAUUUGGCGGACAUGGGCAUGGUGAUCAUGGACCUAGAAUUAAUCCUGGAUUUGGCGGACAUGGGCAUGGUGAUCAUGGACCUAGAAUUAAUCCUGGAUUUGGCGGACAUGGGCAUGGUGACCAUGGACCUAGAAUUACUCAUGGAUUUGGCGGACAUGGUGGGCAUGGUGACCAUGGACCUGAACAUUCUUUUGGUAGCCAUGGACAUGGAAAUGUCGGCACCAGUUUUGUACAGACAAAGCCUGGUGUAUAUCAGCGAGCUCUUGGCCACCACUUGGAUCACGGCCACCAUCACUGAGGGACAUACUCCAAAGUCAAAAGGAAGGAUGUUAUUAUGACGUAAACGCUUUUUUCUUGCACCAACAUACUCAAUUCAUUUUGUAUUUGAAGUAUUAAGGUUCUGCCUGAAUUUGUUAUAAAAGUAUGUAUGUAAA